UCGACCUCUACAACAUCACUUAGGCUAUCUAUAAUGAAAAGUACAAAUCUGGUGACCUUUAGGAGAAAUUUUGCAACUUAAAAGGUUAUACUGGAGACGAAUGAGAAGAAAAUGCUUUUCCUGUUUGCCUUGCUUUAUUAUUCGUGGCGUCUCGAUGGUGUGUUUGGCGCUGAGACGGAUGAAGUAAAGUCCGUGUCGGUGAUGGAGGGAGAAUCUGUCUCACUAAACACUGAUGUUACUGUGACACAGAGGAUACUGUGGAAGUUUGGAGGUCAAGGUGUUCUCAUAGCUCUCUUAGAUGACAACGAGGUCACAUUAUACAACGGUACUGAAGGACGGUUCAGAGACAGACUGCAGCUGGAUCCUCAAACCGGAUCUCUGACCAUCGUGAACACCAGAACCACAGACUCUGGACUCUAUGAACUAAACGGCAGAGGAGGGUCAGGGGACCGAGUCAAGAAAUUCAAUCUUACAGUGUACUCUCGUCUACUCAUUCCUGUCAUCCGCAGAGACUCUUCACAAUGUUCAUCAUCAUCAUCUUCAUCAUCUUGUUCAUUGUUGUGUUCAGUGGUGAACGUGAGUCAUGUGACUCUCUCCUGGUACAAAGGAAACAGUUUAUUGUCCAGCAUCGGUGUGUCUCGUGUCACCAGCAGCGUCUCUUUACAUCUGGAGGUGGAAUAUCAGGAUAAAAACACCUACAGCUGUGUGAUCAACAACCCCAUCAGAAACCAGACCACACAUCUGGACAUCAGCAAACUCUGUCACACAUGUCCAGAAAUUCACUGUUGCGGUGUUACUGAAGCUGUGAUCCGAUUGGCCAUCACUGCUCUGGUGGGCGUGGCUGUUGUUGCUUUUGUAGUUUAUGACAUCAGAUCCAGAAAUGCAUUGUAAAGUUCUGUACUUUGUAAAUCUGCUCUGCAACAACGUGUGGUAACAAGCACUAUAAAUACUGUACUGCAAUAUUAAUAUUUGAUAUGCACUGUACCUCAUUCUUAAUUGAAGGAUUGUAACUAGCUCAAUCAAAACUAACCUCUUGUGAGAACUGUCCACAUUCUUCUCCCAUGCUAUUUUUGGAAAAAUGAAGUAACGUGCUUUGGUUUAACGUGCUUCUACUAGAACAAACACUGGUAAACAGUGUCACAUGAAACCGAAGUUCUCAGUAGCUACUUGUGGCUACUGAGGUUUCUGCUUAUUUGCACGUGAUGUAAGAAGAAGUGUGCAAAGCAGAGCAGAAACUAUGCAGUUUUUUUUCACUAUUGCGUUCUCCAAAUUUGAUUUUGCAACACGACGGCCAAAUACACGAAUAAUCACCUGGUCAAUUUAAAAAACUGUCCCCUUAAAAAAAAGUGAUGUGUGCUUCCAGGACAUUUUGCCACAAUAUCAUUGAAGAUCCCCAGGUGAUCACACACUGCUUGCACACGGAUGACUGGAUAACUCUUCCUGCAAAUGGACAAGGGUUUAUUUACCAUUUGCAUUGCAUUUGUGCAAUGUUGUGCAACUUUUUGAAUGUACUGCCUAAUUUCUUGAGUUCUAGAGAAUGUCAGCAUGUUCUUCAAAAGCUCUAACAGUAAAAGUAGUCCCUUUAGUUCCCUCAGGGUGGCCAAAACUUUCUCUUCCUCUGCGGCCAGAGGAGGAACAGAAUCAGCACCACCACUAGUCUUAUCUGCUUCUCUAUUUAUUUUCCCUUAGAUAGAUCACAGCUUAACCACAGUAUGAUUUUAUUCUUUAUUAAGGAAAUUAAUGGGAUAUUGUCAACUGUUUCCUGAAAGAGUAGUUCCCUUUCGAAACACACUGCUCAGAGGGAACUUGGUUUUCUCUGAAUAUUGAAGCCUGAUUACAUUUUACUGCACAAACCUA